AUGCUGAAUGAAACAUUCUCGUACUCCGACACUGAACAUCGCCUGAUCCAUGACUUGCUUCAUGGCUACAACAAAUAUGCACAUCCUAAGAGUUACAUUGAGGAAAAUGUGAAUUUCACAGUCGUGUUUGGAAUUGAAAUUGUCCAGCUCGUUGACGUGGUAAGGUAUAAAAAUAGAAAUGUAACUGAUGGUUCAUUUGGACAAAAAUGUUCUUAAAAAAAAGGUACCAAGGCUCAGUGACAAGAUUCAACUGAAUUCGCUUGCGUGUGUUUUCCAUUCUUCAUCUUCAGUUUGUUUUGCAGCAAGACAAAAAUCAGAGGAUAAUCACCAACUGUUGGGUUAGGCAGGUACGAUGAUUCUUCUAUCUCAAAUAAUAAUUCAUGUGAGUAAAAUAGCCAACCAUAUUGCUUUAUUUUGCUCACAUGAUAAUACUGGAUACCUGGUGAACUAUAUUGAUUCAGUCCUAGGACUUGAUCAAAAUUAAUUCAGUCCUUGGACUGGAUCAAAAUUAAUUCACCUAACUUUAAGUAGUGCGUGAUAUAUCCAUGUAUGAGAUGUCAUUUCGGAUCCUGCAAUUCGGACUGGACUAGAUUUCAAGUCCUCGCAUUUUGAUCCAGGCUUCGCCUCGGACUUGAUCAAAUUGUGCGGACUUGAAAUCUAGUCCAGUCUUCAUGGUUGGAUUUGAAUGUUACCAAAACGGCAAAACCUCAUGUCCAGCGCUGAAUUACUUCAACUGUUUGUUUAAUUUAGCAAUGGACCAAUCUUGCUUUACGGUGGAAGCCUUCAGAUUAUGAUAAUAUAACUAGAAUAAGGAUAAGUGGUGAUAAGGUCUGGAUUCCUGAUAUACUAUUAUACAACAGGUAGGUAGUAGUAUUUCUUAGAUCGUUUUUCAAAAGUUUCAAACAUAAAGUUAAGGGAGUUAUGUAGUGCUAGUUAGGAAACAACAGUGUUUUCUGAUUUACCAGAGUUGUAGACUCGAGUCGUGUGACUUGGACUCGAGUCGGACUCGAGUCGCAAUUUUUGUGACUUGUGACUUGACUUGUUAAAGAGACUGAUGACUUGUGACUUGACUUGGACUUGGACAAAAUGACUUGUGACUUGACUUGGACUUGCAAGAAAUGACUUGUUACCAACGCAAGUCAAACGUAAAUAUCUAGUGAAAAUCAAGUUUUCCAAAAUCUUUGUGUUGAUCGAUCGAUCGUCGUGUUAUACAAUUUGGGCAACGACCUUAGUACAUAUCAAUGGCAUCGACAGAAUUUGUGCCGGCGUAUUUUCUGACAAAGUGGGGUUUUUCGCAAUUUCGUGGCAAAAUUUCUGACAUAAAACAACGACGCCAUAUUUACAUAUUUUGCCGUUUUGCGUGGGAAAACAUGGCCACAUGUGGCAAUAAAAUGACUUGUGACUUGACUUGAAUUGACUUGCCACUCGGAAUGACUUGUGACUUGACUUGACUUGGAUUUAGACAAAAUGACUUGUGACUUGACUUGAACUCAGACCAAACGACUUGUGACUUGACUUGGACUUGCAGGAAAUGACUUGUAACUUGACUUGGACUUGCAACAUAGGACUCGUUAACAACUCUGUGAUUUACCCACAGUUUGCGAAACAUGGACAGCAAAGAAUUUUUCAAAAAUGCACAAGUUGUUGCAGGCCUGCAAAUAAGUUGUUACAAAUUUGUUCACAAGCUGUCGACAAGUUGUGUUCGCACUGCUUGUUCCCAGUUGUUGUAACAAGUUUGGAACAGGCUGUUAACGACUUGUAACAAGCUUGAUGGCAUUAUCAGACUUGUUACAAGGUUGUUCUAACAAGUCUGAUACAGUCAUGAUAUAACAAGAAUGUUACAAAGUUGACGACACAAGGUUGUAACAAUAUUGUUAUAUCGCGACUGUAUCGGACUUGUUGGAACAAUCUUGCAACAAGUCUCGUGAUAUCAACAAGUUGUUCCAAACCUUUUGACAAAUUGGGACAAGCAGUGCGAACACAACUUGCUGACGGCUUUUUGGCAGACUUGCUUUGCGUGUGUAGUGUUCCACCUUAUCGAAACAUGGGUAGGAGACAUUUUUUCUCCGCGGCGAUUAUUAGGCAUUCAAAUUUUUACUUGUUCCCUAAGCUUCCAACAUGAGCAACGACUAAACACGCAAAAAUCACACAUCUUGUAGCAAGUCUUCCAACAAGCCGUCAACAAGUUGUGUUCGCACUGCUUGUCCCAAGUUGUCAACAGGUUUGGAAUGGAACAAGCUGUUAACAACUUGUAAACAACCUGGUUGAUAUUAUCAGACUUGUUGCAAGGUUGAUGGUAUAACAAUAUUGUUACAAUCUCGUGUCGUCAACCUUGUAACAUUCUUGUUAUAUCAUGACUGUAUCAGACUUGUUAGAACAACCUUGUAACAAGUCUGAUAAUACCAUCAAGCUUGUUACAAGUUGUUAACAGCUUGUUCCAAACUUGAUACAACAACUGGGAACAAGCAGUGCGAACACAACUUGUCGACAGCUUGUGAACAGACCUGUAACAACUUAUGCGUUUUACGUGUGUAACAUUUCUCAUUCUCAUCUUUAACCAGCGCCGACACGCAACAGCCGAGCGGUGGACUAUCCAAAUACCACACCCAGAUCAUCAUUGAUCACGAAGGACGCCACUCGUGGUUCACGCCCACCUCAUUCAUUAGCACGUGCAAGAUCAACGUGCGUUACUUUCCGUUCGACCGCCAGGAAUGCGUCAUGAAAUUCGGGUCUUGGACAUUCCAAAUCAACGACCUCGAUAUCGUUGGCGACUCGAACCCUAUUGUGACCAAUCAGCUACUGCGCAGCGCGGAAUGGGACUUACUCAGCGUUCAGGAGGACCGACAUGUUAAACAAUACGCGUGUUGUCCUUUCCCCUUUUCAGACCUUACCAUAAAACUGGUUAUUCGUCGUCGGCCUUUGUUCUAUAUUUUUAAUCUGAUGAUUCCUUGCUUCAUUAUAAUAGCAAUGGUUUUAAUGGGAUUCCUUCUCCCCCCGGAAAGCGGAGAGCGUACGACGCUAAGCAUCACGGUGCUGCUUGCAAUGGCAGUGUUCUUGCAACUGCAGGCCGAACAUUUACCGAGGAAUUCCGAACAGAUCCCGCUGUUAGGGAUAUUUUAUAUCACAGUAAUGGCCGAAGUCGGAUUAUCCCUCAUGGCCACGUGUUAUGUGCUCAAUAUUUUCCACAAGAAUCCCGGUGUACAUAUAGUUCCCAUGAAUCCAUUAGUGUCCCGGUUUUUUCUCGACACGAUGGCGCCGUUGCUCCGACUCUCACCUCCGACGACCGAGUGGACACCGUACGACGCCGACCGCAUUCGACCGGCGAUACGACCAAAGGGCCUAGCUAAUCCGCAGGCUUUAAGUGACACCCAAGUUCACUUGAUCGGAGAAACCUCGGAAAGAGUCGAGAUUACCGAAACCAUCCAUACUCCUCCAGGGGGGAUUGGACGUUUGACUAGAAGCAUCAGACCCCGCCAUCCGUCGACUAAAAGACCUCUUACUAAUGCAACGUCAGCAACUUUUAUCAGUGGGGCCGAUAACUCGUCCCCAAGCCCCAAAAUGUCUCACUGUUGCUCGGUGUUGUUAGAUAAAGCUAAACAGAAACGAUUGAUUCGAUUGGAUCAAGAGAGAUGGAGAUAUUUAGCUUUGGUUCUUGAUCGUAUUUUCUUCUUUCUUUUUAUUAUAACAAUUUUUAUAUCUACCAUUCUUAUUUAUUCCCAAGUCAGGUUUGAAAUAUGA